UACAUAUUCAGUCGUAUUUAUCUUAGCGCUUGAAGGCAUGUAUGACUUCAGAACGCGUAAUAAAUAGCUAAUCUAAUCUAAUCUCUAAUGUCUAUAAUGUGUAAUCAGUUCCAUCUGGUGAAUGAAGCUUCUACUGCUUUAAAACUAAUGCUAAAUUUUGUCCUACAGUGUUGUUCCUCUGUUAAAUGAUGAAGAGUACAUAGCCAGCCAUUUCAACGAGGACCAAAAGGAUAAGCUAAGAGAUUCCAUUGCAAGUCCAUUUUUUAGAAAUACUAUUGAAAAGCUAUUUAAAGAACAGCGGGCUAAAUUGACAGUGGAAGUUGAAUCGAAGGAUUCCAGCGAAUUGAAGGAUUCCAGCGAAUCGAAGGAAGCAAACUAAUGACUAAAGUUUAAACAACAAAACAUCCAAAGUUUUGCAACAAUAAUGGACGUCGAAGAGGAUGAAUUCUGUAAACCUGUUAGUUCGGAGAGAAGAUUGAGAUUAAGGAAAAAUGAUAGAGAAAGUGUAGCUAACAAGGCUCAUCUUACUAAUAAUUCCAAUAAUGAAAGCAAGAAUGAUGAUACUGCUGGUACAUCCCAAUCUCCACAUGACGAUGAUAGUAUAUUGGAUUUUAAAUCGCCAAAAAGAAUACAUUCCAUGCAAUCGAAAAUUAUUAAUAGAAACAGACUAUUGGAUAAAACCAAGAAGAAGAAAGUACUUCAUUCUAAAGCAAAAAUUAUUAGCAAUGAAAAGAAAUCUAAAAGUAGAAAGGCAUUACAGAGUAAAAGGAUUCCAUGCGAUGUACAGCAACCAUUGAUUGAGUCAUCCUUUUUUAAAUCGGAAAAGAAAGAAGUAGAGUCACCGCAGAGUUUAACUGACGUGAAAACGGCUUAUGUAUGCCCGUUGUGUUUUAAAAAUCUCAAAGAUGAAGCUUCACAAGCUAUACACAUGAAGAGUUGUGCCACAAAAAAUAAUGUGUCCACAAAGAAAUUAAUGGACGCUGUGGAGCUGCAAGAACGGCAAGCCGCAGAAAGAAAGUCGUUGGGGUUACUUUCCGCUCCCGUAUUACAAGACAAGAAGAAACCUGCUCCUCGUAAAAUAAGAUGA